AUGAUUCAAACUUUUUAUAUCACUGCCAAGGUUCUUGUUUUAUACUAUACAAACUCUUCUUCAAUCGACAGACCUGAUCUUCUUGUCCUGGAGCUUAGAACCUUCCAGGUUACUCCAUGUAAGGCUCUUAUUCCAGAAUGCCAUGAAGGAAAGCAGUCUUCACGUCCAUCUGCUCUACUUCCAAAAUCAUUGAGGCUACCAUGUUCUCCCUCUUCAGUAACCACAAUAUACUCAUCAAGUGGAUACCUGGAAGACGGUCAUCUCACUCUAGUUGAGUGUCUUGUUUUUCGAUUGUCAGAUGUCUCUAAUGGUUUCAUCUUCAUGGAAGAAUACAUCUCGGCUCCUCACAACCUUCUGGCUGUCACGAUUCCAAAAUCGUUAUCCAAAUUCACAUCUUCGGGAACCAAGUUUCCUAGAAUUGAAAAUAAAGAGGUAGUUAAAGUUGAUUUUGCUUCACUGGAAAGAGAUCAUGCACUACGCCCUCCAAUAUGGAAAUAUCCUAUAAAUCAACAAGAUGAAAUUCGUCGUGCUUAUCUUAAACUUGGUCCAUUUCAAUGCAAGCUUCAAAAUUAUCCUUUUUCUGGGUCAGAGAGGAAUCAAUGUCAUUUUUGCUCUUCUUGGUUUGACUUAUUUCCAUCUUGGUUAGAGUAUUCUCCAAGUAAAGAUGCUGCAUUUUGUUUGCCUUGUUAUUUAUCUAGUAAACCAGGUGGUAGUGGUCGUGUUGGACUUAAUACAUUUGUUGUUGAGGGAUUUAGAAAUUGGAAAAAGGUUAAUGUAGGAGAAAAUUGUGCUUUUCUACGCCAUGUUGGGAAAAAUGCUAUCUCAAUGCAUAAAAAUGUUGUGAGUUCAAGUUGUGAUCUUAUGAACCAAUCUCAACAUAUUGAGAUAUUGGUUGAAAAACUUACUACUCAUGAGAUUGCAACUAAUCGUUUGAGACUACAAGUUUCUGUGGACGUGACAAGAUGGCUUGCUCUUCAAAGAUGUGCUUUUAGAGGUCAUGAUGAAAAUGAAAACUUCCUUAAUCAGGGUAAUUUGCUUGAGAUGAUAAAGUUUUUAGCUUCUUAUAAUCAAGAAGUUGCAGCAGUUGUUUUAGAAAAAACUCCUCAAAAUGCAUCAUAUAGUUCUCCACAAAUUCAAAAGGAAAUUCUUCAUGUUUUCUCUCAAAAGAUAAAGAACACAAUACAAGAAGAAAUUUCCAAUGCCAAGUUUUGUCUUAUUGUUGAUGAAGCUAGUGAUGUAUCUAGAAAAGAGCAUAUGGCUAUUGUUUUGCGAUUCGUAGAUAAAGAUGGUUUUAUACGGGAAAGGUUUUUCGGUCUUGUACAUGUGGAAGAUACAAGUGCUAAGACUUUGAAACAAGGAAUAUUCAACACUAUUUGUCACCAUAAUCUUGACGUUCAAAAUAUUCGAGGACAAGGCUAUGAUGGAGCUAGCCAUAUGCGAGGUGAAUGGAAUGGAUUGCAGGAUUUAAUUUGCGCUGAGUGUCCAACUGCUUAUUAUGUCCAUUGUUUAGCUCAUCGCCUUCAACUUGCCUUGGUUGCUGCAUCUCAUAAGUUAAGUGCUGCCCAAGCAAGUGAAAUUGCAAGAAUGAUUGCUAUUGAUGAACUCAAAUCACGAGUUGGUCUUAAUCAGAUUGGUACUUUACAUCGAGCUGGAGCUACUCGUUGGAGUUCUCAUUACAAUUCAAUAUGUAGUUUGUUUAAAAUGUUUAAAGCCACAUGUGAAGUUCUUGACAAUAUUUCUAAUGAAGGAAAGACAUCAUCACAUCAUGGAGAUGCAGAUAAUGCAUACUCAUCAUUGACAUCUUUUGAUUUUAUCAUCAUAUUGCACCUUAUGAAAGAAAUUAUGGGUAUUACUGAAGUCCUUUGUCAAGCUUUGCAACGAAUGUCUCAAGAUAUUUCAAAUGCCUUACAUCUGGUUUCAACUACAAAAGAGUUACUUCAGAAAUUAAGAGAGACAGGUUGGGAAGCUUUCUUGGUUCAUGUUCAAGAAUUUUGCAUAAAACAUGACAUUGACAUUCCAGAUAUGAGUGCAAAAUAUAUUGGAAGGAGAGGUCGUGCUCGAAAUGAACAAGGUGAUUUUUCUACUGAAAAAUUUUGUAGGGUAAAUAUCUUUUGUGCUACAAUUGAUUAUCAAUUGAAAGAAUUAAAUAGCAGGUUAAAUGAUAAUACUAUAGAAUUACUUGCUUUGAGCAUGACUUUAUAUCCAAAAAACAGGUACAAGUCAUUUAAUAGUGAUGAUAUUUGCAAAUUUGUUGGUAAAUUUUAUUCUAGAGAUUUCACGGAACAGGAAAAAUUGCAUUUGAAGAUGGAGUUACAACAUUUUGAGCUUGACAUUCCUAAACAUCCAGAUUUAAUUAAUUUAUCAACUACAUCAGAAUUAUGUCAAGGGCUAGCAAGAACUGGAAAGUCUAUCAUUUACCCUCUUAUUGAUAGAGUGAUUAGACUUGUACUCAUCCUUCCCGUUUCUACAGCAACUACUGAAAGAUCUUUAUGA